AUGGAAAAUAACGAGCAAAUUCCACCAGAGAAUCCGUUAGUUAUCCAGGGAACAAAUAAUUCUCUCACCUCGGACAUUAUUAAUAUAUCAAGUACAACAAGAUCUGGCGGUCGUUCUCCUAGACUCUCGCCUACUGCAGCAACAGAGCUCGACGAUCGUAUACGAAGACGAACACGGUCUUCUUCGAGAAAUGAUGCCGUGUCUGAAGGUUCUAGAGUAGUACAUCGUAGUCACACAAUAGCACACCCUGCUACUACGCAGGCGCGAUCUGAUUCAAAUCUGUAUUGGAUAGGAGAACUGGGUCAUGAAAGUGAACCUAAACAAAUGCCAUCUUUUCUUAAUAGAAGAAGAACCAUCAUGUCGGGAAAUGAUGCUGUUGAAAUGUCGAGCGUGCAUCGUGAAAGUUUUGCUACCGAGUCAGAAUUUAGUCCCUACACGGAAAAUGACAUUGACGAAUAUUAUAAUAUUGAUGAUAGUGAUACUGCUCAGUUAACUGCACAAAUUAUUAAUUCAGAAAGACCGAAAGAAAAAGCUGCAUCGUUAAUAGAAACUCGGGAUAAUCCCGAAUAUGAUAAUUCACUUAGACACACACGAAGUCUCGGAAGAAUGAGUCAGAUGCUUGCACGUGCUUCUUCGCGUGUCGUCAAUUUACAUAAUGUCCCACAAGAAAUAUUACAAAAAAGUGACAUAGAUUCGGUUAACCAUCCAACAAGAUCGUCCAGUAAGAAUAAUGAUCACAAUUCAUCAAAUUGGAGCAAUAAAGAAGGGAUGAGUGAAUUUAUAUUGAAUCAUAAUCUGGCUGCUCGUAGGUCUAAAGAAAAUUUUGAAAGAAAACAAAGUGUAGUAGUUACUCCGCAGAUUGAGUCUCCAUUAGUUGGAAGAUCUUUGUAUAUAUUUGGACCAACAAAUACAUUGAGAUUAAGACUUUAUCGAAUUUUAGAUCACCCUUGGACUGAAUCAAUUAUUUUGCUCUUAAUUUUUAUUAAUGUCGUUCUUUUGGUCGCUCAAGCAUGGGUACCAUUGGAUUAUGGUGGAAGAGAAACUACAUGGGGAAGAUCAUGGACUGAUUAUGGCUUACUGGUUAUUUUUUCAAUAUAUACAUUUGAAAUGGCAGCUCGAAUUAUAGUAUCUGGCCUAGUGAUAAAUCCCAAAUCCGAGAAUUCAAUGGAAGAGACUACGCAUGAAGCAAAUAAAACGUUUAAAAAUGUCCAAGAACUUCCUUCAUAUCUCUUAUCACAUGUCGCCAAAUCAAAGCAAUCACCACCAACUGCACCAGGCGCGUCAGAAUAUGAUCUAAAACGACAGCAGAGUGACGCCCAAAUGACCGACAGCGCCUUUCUUCGGCACAGUUUUAAUCGAAUUGAUUUAUUGGCUGUUGUCAGUUUUUGGAUUGAUUUCGGAUUGAGAUUUUCUGGCGUAUCGCAUUUCUUUCUAUUUAAAGCCUUGGGCACUUUUCGGAGUUUGAGAUUGUUAGCGUUGACAAGUGGAAGUUCGACCAUAUUACAAUCAUUGAAGAAGAGCGCGCCAUUACUUGUCAAUGUCGCGUUUUUUGUCUUCUUUUUCUUUAAUUUAUUUAGUAUUAUCGCUGUUCAAUCUUUCAAAGGGUCUUUUCGGCGGCAUUGUGUUUGGAUCGAUCCUGAGGAUCCGACAACAAAUUAUACUUUUUCUUUUUGUGGUGGACAUAUCGACAAUAAAACGUAUACUGCUGCCCCAUAUUACAAUUCUAAUUUCGAGCCCGUUCGUACAAAUGUUAAAGGAUAUAUAUGCCCUCAAGGACAAAUUUGUUUGGAAACUGAAAAUCCAUAUAAUGGAACUGUCAAAUUUGAUAAUGUAUUCUCUUCCAUGAUUCUUGUUUUUGUUAUAUCUUCCGUGCAAAGUUGGUCCGAUUUAAUGUAUAACACAAUGGAUUCGGAUUUCUAUGCAGCUUGUAUCUUCUUUAUUGUCGUGGCCUUGGUUCUGAAUUACUGGUUAAUUAACCUUUUCGUCGCUGUGAUUACUGAAAUGUUUGCCAAAAUCCGGGAGGAUAGUUCACAUUCGGCCUUUACAUUAUCAAAAACUACGCCUGUAUUAUCGGACGACGCGGAAGGUUGGACCCUUCAAGAAGGAAACAAAAUGGUCAAAGUUAAUUGGUUAACACGUUUCAUGAAUGAGACAAAAUAUCUGUGGAUAACUGCGAUAAUUAUUGAUUUGAUCAUUAUGCUGUUUCGAACUUCUACCUUAAAUGCUGAUGGCUUGACUGUUUUGUUGCGUGCUGAAUUAAUAUUCACAAUACUGUUUGCAAUUGAAAUCAUUUUGCGUUUUGGUGCCUCGUUACCCGACUAUCGCCAUUUCUUUCACUACAAAAAAAACGUGACGGAUUUUAUUUUGGUGGUUAUCACCUGUCUCAUUCAAAUACCAGGGAUUAGGGAUUCCAAUGCUUACCCUUAUUUGACUGUAUUUCAAAUUAUGCGUGUAUAUCGAGUCAUUAUUGCUUGGGCGCGUCUGAGGAAUCUUCUUAUGCGUGUUUUAGGUAGUGCUGUUGGUCUGGCUAAUUUGGUUUUCUUUAUUGUCUUGGUCAAUUUUAUUUCGGCUGUCAUAGGCGUCCAAUUAAUCCGCGGUGAUAUACCGAACAAUGAUGAUAACGGCAAUAGAAUAGAGAUGAGAUUCAGUGAUAUAUUUAAUAGUUUUGUUGCAUUGUAUCAGGUAUUUUCCGGUGAAAAUUGGAGUACCGUCUUAUACAAUGUCAUGUCAUUUGAAAAUAGCUGGCAUUCUUCGUUUAUAGCCGGAUUAUUCUUGAUCAUAUGGUUCGGUUUAUCCAAUUUUGUACUUCUUAAUAUGUUCAUUGCCAUCUUACAAGAAAAUUUCGAAACCGCCGAAGAAGAAAAACGUAAACACCAACUAAAAGCAUUUAUUCGAAAAGCGGAUCCAAAAGAGAAACAAGAAGAUAUUAUAGAUUCGUGGAAUAUUUACAGAUUCUUUAGAGCAAAACCGAAAUCUUUGGCUAUUGCAAAUAUUCCUUCUAAUUUGAUUUUGUCAACUCAAAAGAGUCGUGUUAGAGAAUUUUUGAAUGAUGAUUAUAAUAUUAUGGAGAAUCAGAAGUAUUCCAAACUUCGUCGGCGUCAGACUGGAAACGGGAUUUUGAGGCGAUUACAGCAAUUUUUACGACAUGGAAAUAAUGGAGAUGGGGAUGAACAUAUCGCUCUUACCGAUUAUCAUAGACGUAGCUCGGAAAUGGAUAAUUCUCAAGGAACUUUAGGAACCAAUGACUUGAAAAGUGACACAAUGAAUGAACGAUCUGUAGAAAUUGAACUUGAUGAAAUUCAAGAGCGUCGAGCCAUGAAAGCAGAUUUUAUAGCAGCACAUCCUAACUAUGACGAAUCACUCUGGUUUCUAUCACCUCGAAAUCGUAUCCGACACUAUUGUCAAUUACUUGUGCCUCCAAGCUACGGGGAACGAAUGUUUGGCACUGCUCCAUCUCCGACACUUAGCUUAUUAUUUAGCAUUACGAUUUUCUUAUGUAUCGUAGCAAGCGUCGUUGUUGCAGCAAUUACUCAUCCGGCUUAUCAAAAAAGAUAUUUUAUCCAAAUUGGAUCAGAAAACCGUAUCACUUGGUUCUGGAUUGUUGAUGCUGUUUUUACAGGCAUAUUCACCUUAGAAUUUUUGGUCAAAAUUAUCGCGGACGGUUUCCUUCUCACUCCGAAUGCAUAUCUUUUAAAUGUUUGGAACGUGUUAGAUUUUUUCGUCUUGGGCUCUUUUUAUGUUAAUCUCUUGGCGACACUGUUCCAUGCCACUAAUGUAUCACGAUCUGUGCGCGUUUUUAAAGCUUUGCGUGCAUUGAGAUUAAUUAAUUUGUCAAGUUCAAUCAAGGAAACAUUUUAUGCUAUAUUGAUUGCUGGCUUUCCACGAAUUUUAGAUGCUGCUCUAUUGUCUAUUAGUUUAAUUAUUCCGUUUGCCAUUUACGGACAAAAUAUUUUUUCGGGGUUACUGUUUUCGUGUAACGACAACGAUCCAUCAAUUAAAAGCAAAUUUAAUUGUACUGGCGAAUUUCAGGAUACACCGUAUUAUUGGACCAUUUGGGCUCCGAGAGUCUGGGCCAACCCUUAUGAAUGGAGUUUUGACAAUUUUAGAUCCGCGCUACUUAUACUUUUUGAGAUUCUCUCGGGAGAAGGAUGGAUCGACGUGAUGACUUCUGUCAUGGCAAUCAGCGGUCGUGAUCUUUCUCCGGUACAAGAUCAUUCAAAAUGGAAUGCGCUUUUUUUCAUGAUAUUUAAUAUGGCAGGAGCAGUUUUUGUGUUGACUCUUUUCAUUAGUGUUAUUAUUGAAAAUUUUAAGAGACGAUCAGGAUCUGCUUUUUUGACCUCGGAUCAAAAACGCUGGAUUGAUCUCAAGAAAUUACUAAAGCAAACUCGACCAUCCAAACGUCCUAAAGUUAGACCUCAGAAUUAUAUCAGGGCUUUUUGUUAUGAUCUUGUUAUUGAAAAGAAGGGUUGGCUAUCGAGAUUUAUGACGAUAGUUUAUAUCUUGCAUAUCUUGAAUCUUAUGACCGAAUAUCAAGAUUCACCGGCAUGGUUAGAUACUUUCAGAGAGGAUGCCUUCUUGGUAUUUAUUGCCAUCUACAUCAUUGAUAUCUGUAUCAAACUUGCCGGAUUCGGAUGGAAUGUCUUUCGCGAAAAUAGAUGGAAUUUAUUUGAUCUAUUUGUGGUUUCGGGUGCUGCGUUCACCACCAUUCCAGUGAAUGUCGAUGUCGCCAAAGGUGUACUGGAACAACUACAAAAGUUAUUUUUGGUGGCUAUUGCGUUUAAGUUAAUACAAAAGAGUGAUAGUCUUAAUCAACUUUUUAAGACAAUGGCUGCGAGUUUACCAUCGAUUUUUGAUUUGUUCGCUGUAUGGUUCGUAGUCUUUUGUGUGUACUCGCUUAUGUUUACGGAGAUUUUUGGAUUGACAAAAUUUGGUCGACAAGCCACACGAUAUGUAAAUUUUCGCGAUUUUCAAAAUGCUUUUCUUACAUUAAUAAGAAUGUCGACAGGUGAGGGUUGGAACACGAUCAUGCAUGAUUACGCUAUCGAAGCACCGCUCUGUGUUGAUUCACAUUCAUUUCUUAAUUCCGACUGUGGCAGUCGAACCUGGGCAUAUUUCCUAUUCAUAUCGUGGAACGUGCUAUCAAUGUACAUAUUCGCUUACAUGUUUAUCGUGGUGGUAGUCGACAAUUUCUCAUAUUGUUAUCAAAUCGCUGCCAAGUUCUCGUUGAAAGCUUGGGCUGCCGUCGAUGUUGGUGGAACGGGAUACAUCAAAAGUAAAGACUUUGCGAAAUUUUUCGGGAAAUUAUCCGGUUCUUUCGAUGUUAAAAUCUACGACGAUAAUUAUCAAAUACCGACUCUUUUGAAGAAUUCAUUGAAAACUGAAGAUGGAUCAAAUGUAGGAAUGUUGGGAAGUACUAGUAGUAGCAAACGACAUGGUGGAGACACACUGUCUAGUCACACAAUUGAUAUUGAUCGGCUUCAAAAAAAUCUGACUGAUCUUAACGUGUCUAAAGUACAUGAGCGUCGUCGUAUUUAUAAUUGUUUGUAUCAGGAAGCACUCUUAUCGGUAGAAAAAGACAGCAAGGACAAUGAAAAAGGAAUUUCAUUUGCAAAUAUGUUGAUAAUGCUAGCACAUUAUAAGCUAGUGGACGAUGACAAGUCCCUAAGAAUCGAUGAGCUUUUAAAACGCAAAGAAAAAAUGGAGAAAGUCAUCGACAAUGUCAACAAAGAUCGAGUAAUGUCAUUGCUGAAAACUAUUUAUUGGAGUGGCAAGUUCAAGGCACGAAAGGAAGAACAAUUGAAUGCUGCACGCAGUAGUGUUGGAACUGUAAUUGUUCCUCGUAUUACCGUUUAUGAUGAUUCCAACGCUCCACAACCACUAAGAAUCGCAACAAAUUUAAAUCGUGGUUCAAGUCUAUCAAGCCAAUUUGGAAAUUCUCCUAUUUCUCCACCUUCACCAAUGACACCAACUUCGGUAAGCACUGAUCUCUUGGACUAUUAUACUCAUGGCGAACGCAAUUCAACGGAUUACGCUGCUAGGAUGUCAGAUGAAUGUGAUGGAGGAGAAUUGUUCACGAGUGGAUGGAGAUCUAUUGAUGCGAACAAUGAAAUGGACGAUCAAACAGCCGAUUUGGUCUUGGAUACUUUACAGAGUAAUAUUUGGCAUGAUGUUCUACAAGCAGCCACACAAGAAAAUUCACAAUCAGAUCAAUAA